UCCCUUUUCCCCUUUCCCUGGCGUUAGGGUUUUCCUGCAACCUCUUUCCUUUAUCGUUUCCAAAUUCCUCUCGCUGUUGAUCACACUCCUCACACAAAUCUCACUGACACGUGCAAUUGCACCAUUCACAAUUCCUAGGGUUUCCAAUUGUGGAACCGAUUCAUUCUAUUUAACGAAGAUUCGAUCGAUGGUAGGGAUUCUUAGGUGGACGAAAGCGUGACUGACGCUCGGUGGCGAGCGAGUUGAUAAAUUGAGGGGUGGGUGGGUUUUUGUAUGGAAACUCGGAGCCGGAAGCGGGCGGAGGCUUCCUCAGCUGCCCCUUCAUCUUCCUCCUCUGGUCCCACCACCCGUUCCAGUAAGCGCACGCGUCUUUCUUCUUCUUCUUCCGCCCCCGCCACCACCGCUCCUCCUCCUCCACCUCCUCCUCCUCCUCCUUCUGUCAACACUCGUUCACGUGCAUCCAGGACUAAGGAACCCUUGCCGCCUAAAAAUCCUCCUCCCAUGGACCCUGCCAAUGAAUCCUCCGGCUCGCGCCGCGAUCGCCGCGGCAAGGACAAUUCCGACAAGGGCAAGGAGAAGGAGCACGAUGUUAGGAUUAGGGAUAGGGAUGCAGAGAGGGGGCUGGCGCUUAAUGUGGACGGCGGCGGCAUUGGAGACGAAGAUGAUAACGACAGCGAGGGCGGUGUCGGGAUGUUGCACCAGAAUUUGACGUCGGCGAGCAGUGCACUUCAGGGGCUUCUUCGGAAACUUGGUGCGGGUUUGGAUGAUCUGCUUCCGUCCCCGGCGAUGGGUUCUGCUUCUUCGUCUCAUCAGAGCGGGAGGCUGAAGAAAAUCCUGUUCGGGCUGCGGGCCGAUGGGGAAGAAGGGCGGCAGGUUGAAGCGUUAACGCAGCUCUGUGAAAUGCUUUCGAUUGGGACCGAGGACUCGCUUAGUACGUUCUCUGUUGAUUCUUUCGUUCCGGUGCUCGUGGGGUUGCUGAAUCACGAGAGCAAUCCUGAUAUUAUGCUCCUUGCGGCCAGGGCAUUAACUCAUCUCUGCGAUGUGCUCCCUUCGUCUUGUGCUGCUGUUGUGCAUUACAAUGCAGUGCCUAUCUUCUGUGCGAGGUUGCUCACAAUAGAGUAUAUGGACUUGGCCGAGCAGUCCCUUCAAGCUCUAAAGAAGAUAUCGCAGGAGCACCCCACUGCCUGCCUACGAGCAGGUGCACUUAUGGCUGUGCUUUCUUAUUUGGAAUUCUUCUCAACAGGAGUUCAGCGAGUCGCAUUGUCUACUGCAGCAAAUAUGUGCAAGAAACUUCCUUCAGACGCAGCUGACUUUGUGAUGGAAGCUGUUCCGCUUCUGACAAACCUUCUUCAGUACCACGAUUCCAAGGUGCUGGAGCAUGCAUCUGUUUGUUUGACUCGAAUAGCUGAAGCAUUUGCAGCCUCUCCGGACAAGUUAGAUGAAUUGUGCAAUCAUGGACUGGUAACACAAGCUGCCUCCCUCAUUUCUAGCAGCAGUUCUGGAGGUGGACAGGCUUCUCUUAGCACGUCUACAUAUACUGGUUUAAUCCGACUUCUUUCAACUUGUGCAAGCGGGUCCCCUCUUGGAGCUAAAACUUUACUUCUUCUUGGAAUUAGUGGUAUUCUUAAAGAUAUUUUAUCUGGUUCUGGAGUUUCUUCUAAUGCUUCUGUUUCUCCUGCAUUAAGUAGGCCACCAGAACAGAUAUUUGAGAUUGUAAACCUGGCAAAUGAACUUCUGCCCCCAUUGCCACAAGGAACAAUUCCUCCCCCUGUCAUCUCCUACUUGUUUUUUAAAGGACCUGUUGUUAAAAAGUCUCCUGUUGGGAGCUCUGGGAAACAGGAAGACACAAAUGGAAAUGUUCCUGAGAUAUCAGCUCGUGAGAAACUAUUAAAUGAUCAGCCUGAGCUACUUAAGCAAUUUGCGAUGGAUCUCCUUCCAGUUUUAAUACAGAUAUAUGGUUCUAGUGUCAAUGGUCCUGUUCGGCACAGAUGUCUUUCUGUCAUUGGAAAGUUGAUGUACUUUAGCACAGCAGAGAUGAUCCAGUCAUUGUUGAGUGUGACAAAUAUAUCUAGUUUCUUAGCUGGCGUCUUAGCGUGGAAAGAUCCACAAGUUUUGAUACCAGCCUUGAAAAUUGCUGAAAUUCUUAUGGAAAAGCUUCCUGGGACAUUCUCUAAGAUGUUCAUCAGAGAAGGUGUUGUGCAUGCAGUGGACCAACUUAUUUUAGCUGGAAAUUCAACCAAUAUACAGGCAUCUUCCUUGGAGAAGGAUAAUGAUUCUCUAUCUGGAGCAUCAUCUCGGUCUAGGCGUUAUCGGCGACGCAGUGGGAACUCCAAUCCUGAUGGAAAUCCAUUGGAUGAUUUGAAGAGUCCAGUUGCAGUAAAUGUUGGUUCCCCUCCAAGUUCUGCAGAUAUUACAACAAUAAAUUCUAGUAUUCGGUUAUCUGUUAGUGCAGCUGCUAAAGCUUUUAAAGAUAAGUACUUUCCUUCAGAUCCUGGGGCUGUUGAGGUGGGUGUUACUGAUGAUCUUUUACAUCUGAAAAAUCUUUGCACAAAGUUGAAUGCUGGUGUAGAUGGCCAAAGGACUAAUGGUAAAGGAAAAUCUAAAACAUUUGGAUUUGGUUUGGAAGAAUAUUUAAUUGGGGUCAUAUCUGACAUGCUAAAGGAACUUGGCAAAGGAGAUGGUGUAUCUACUUUUGAAUUUAUUGGUAGCGGUGUUGUUGCAACUUUGUUGAAUUAUUUUUCUUCUGGGUAUUUCUCUAAAGAAAGACCCUUAGAAACCCACCUUCCGAAGCUUCGCCAACAAGCACUUACAAGGUUCAAGUCAUUUAUAGCUGUUGCACUACCUUCCACUACUGAAUAUGGGACUGUGGCUCCUAUGACUGUCUUGGUCCAGAAGCUUCAAAAUGCUCUGUCCUCCUUGGAGCGAUUCCCUGUUGUGCUGAGCCAUUCAUCUAGGUCAUCUAGUGGAAGUGCACGCCUCUCUUCCGGGCUAAGUGCAUUGUCUCAGCCCUUCAAACUGCGGCUUUGUCGAGCCCAGGGUGAAAAAUCACUUCGGGAUUAUUCAUCUAAUGUUGUACUGAUUGAUCCAUUAGCAAGUUUAGCAGCCAUUGAGGAAUUUCUUUGGCCUCGUAUCCAGCGAAGUGAAUCUGGUCAGAAGUCCACUGUACCUGCUGGGAAUUCAGAAUCUGGGACAACUCCUGCAGGAGCUGGUGUAUCUUCUCCCUCUACUUCUACUACUACUCGUCGUCAUUCCACAAGAUCAAGAUCAUCUGUUAAUAUAGGUGAUAUGCCCAGAAAGGAAAUAGCUCAAGAAAAAAGCACAAGCUCAUCUAAGGGUAAAGGAAAAGCUGUAUUAAAGCCUGCACAGGAGGAAUCAAGAGGACCUCAAACCAGGAAUGCUGCUCGCAGAAGAGCAGCUCUUGAUAAAGAUGCUCAAAUGAAGCCAGUAAAUGAUGAAUCUACCUCUGAGGAUGAAGAUUUGGAUAUAUCUCCUGUGGAGAUUGAUGAGGCAUUGGUGAUUGAAGAUGAUGAUAUUUCUGAUGAUGAAGAUGAUGACCAUGAAGAUGUUCUGAGGGAUGAUUCUCUCCCUGUUUGCUCACCUGACAACGUACAUGAUGUGAAGUUGGGUGACUCUGCUGAGGAGAGUACUAUUGCUCCUGCAACAAGUGAUGGCCAGACUAAUGCUGCCUCAGGUUCUAGCAGCAAGGCUGGAACAGUCAGGGGAUCAGACUCUGCUGAUUUUAGGAGUGGCUAUACUUCUAGCUCCAGGGGUGCAAUGUCAUUUGCUGCUGCUGCUAUGGCUGGACUUGGAUCUGCCAAUAGCAGAGGUAUCAGGGGUGGCAGAGAUAGGCAAGGGCGUCCACUGUUUGGUAGUUCUAAUGAUCCUCCAAAGUUGAUUUUUACUGCUGGUGGGAAGCAGCUUAAUAGGCAUUUAACUAUAUAUCAGGCAAUUCAAAGACAGCUUGUGCUUGAUGAAGAUGAUGAUGAGAGAUUUGGUGGUAGUGACUAUGUCUCAAGUGAUGGAAGCAGGCUGUGGGGUGAUAUUUAUACUAUAUUUUAUCAGAGGGCAGAGAACCAAACAGAUAGGGCUUCCCCUGGAGGUCCAAGCUCAAAUGCUUCAAAAUCCGGCAAAUCUGGGUCUGUAUACAAUUCCAGUUCUGAAGCCAAGCUGCACCAGACUUCUGUAUUAGAUAGUAUCUUGCAGGGAGAAUUGCCCUGUGAACUGGAGAAAAGCAAUCCUACAUACAAUAUAUUGGCACUAUUGCGUGUGCUAGAGGGUUUGAACCAGCUUGCACCUCGUUUGAGGGCCCAAGCGGUUAGUGAUAGCUUUGCAGAGGGAAAAAUUUCAGAUUUAGAUGAGCUAAGUGUUACCUCUGGUGCUAGGGUUCCUGCAGAAGAAUUUAUAAGCAGCAAGCUUACUCCAAAAUUAGCUAGGCAAAUUCAAGAUGCACUUGCCCUAUGCAGUGGUAGUCUUCCCUCUUGGUGUUACCAGUUAACUAAAGCUUGCCCUUUUCUGUUUCCUUUUGAGACUCGGCGACAGUACUUCUAUUCAACUGCCUUUGGGUUAUCUCGUGCGCUGUAUCGACUUCAGCAGCAGCAGGGUGCUGAUGGUCAUGGAUCAACAAAUGAAAGAGAGGUCAGGGUUGGCAGGUUGCAGAGGCAAAAGGUUCGUGUAUCUCGAAACCGCAUUUUGGAUUCUGCUGCUAAAGUGAUGGAGAUGUAUUCUAGUCAAAAGGCUGUACUUGAAGUAGAAUAUUUUGGUGAAGUUGGCACUGGUCUGGGUCCCACCCUUGAGUUCUAUACACUUCUAAGUCAUGACUUACAAAAAGUUGUACUUCAAAUGUGGAGAUCAGGUUCUUCAGAGAAAUAUCAAAUGGAAAUUGAUGGAGAUGAAAAAAAAAUGAGAAGUAUUGACGGAUCUUUUACUGGAGAUGGAGAACUUGUUGAAACUCCUCUCGGGUUGUUUCCUCGACCUUGGCCUGCAAAUGCUGAUGCAUCGGAGGGGACCCAGUUCUUUAAAGUGAUUGAAUAUUUCCGGCUUUUGGGCCGUGUAAUGGCUAAAGCUCUUCAAGAUGGACGCUUAUUGGAUUUACCAUUGUCAGUGGCAUUUUUUAAGCUUGUUCUUGGUCAAGAGCUUGAUUUGCAUGAUAUUCUUUUCAUUGAUGCUGAGCUUGGAAAAACUUUGCAAGAGUUAAAUGCCCUUGUUUGCCGAAAACAUUAUAUAGAAUCUAUUGGUGGUAGGUAUGCCGAUACAAUUGCUAAUUUGCAUUUCCGUGGGGCCCCAGUUGAAGAUCUAUGCUUGGAUUUUACUCUUCCUGGUUAUCCAGACUGCAUUUUGAAUCCUGGAGAUGAAAUUGUUGACAUCAAUAAUCUGGAGGAAUACAUAUCCAUGGUGGUUGAUGCAACUGUCAAGACUGGAAUAAUGCGUCAAAUGGAAGCAUUUAGAGCAGGGUUUAAUCAGGUUUUUGACAUCUCAUCUUUACAAAUUUUUACUCCCCAAGAACUGGAUUAUUUGCUUUGUGGCCGGAGAGAAUUGUGGAAGACAGAGACACUAGCUGAUCACAUAAAAUUUGACCAUGGGUAUACUGCCAAGAGCCCUGCCAUUAUUAAUUUACUUGAAAUUAUGGGAGAGUUCACACCAGAGCAGCAGCGUGCCUUCUGCCAAUUUGUCACUGGUGCACCUAGGCUCCCCCCUGGUGGACUGGCAGUCUUAAAUCCAAAACUAACGAUUGUGAGGAAGCUUUCAUCAACUGCAGCUAAUGCUUCCUCCAAUGGCAACGCACCUUCAGAAUCAGCAGAUGAUGACUUGCCAAGUGUGAUGACGUGUGCUAAUUACCUGAAGCUUCCUCCUUAUUCUACCAAGGAAAUUAUGUACAAGAAGCUACUCUAUGCAAUCAGUGAAGGCCAGGGAUCCUUUGAUUUAUCAUGAGUUUCUGGAACUAACCAACUCGACCCUGUAUGUUAAUAUGAUGAAUCAGGGUAUAUUCUCGAGGCUUAAUUAUUUUUUGGUUGCAUGUACUUUCCCUCCUCGCUUCUCAAAUAAUGGCCUCACUUGAGGCGCACUCAUCAAAGGCUGUGGCAUUGUUCAGACCUGAAUUCUUCGAUAACUUGGCAGUCGAAUCGGAUCGCCACAUUUUCAAGGUGUAAAGGGAUAUGCGGAGCUCGUACUAGCUGUUACAACAUGUAAAUAUAAUAGGAACGUUGAGUUAUUUUCCCCCUAAAUUUUUUAUCAUUCUGUUUUCAAGUCAAAUUGUUGGCAGUUAGUUAUUAUACAUGUAUGCAAGAUGAUGGUAAAGGGAAUAGGAAUAAUUUCAAAUACUAUGCUUUCCAAUUUCAUGUUAGAUCUCAAAUGCCAUGCUUUAUGAUUUCAUUAAUUCAUCUUUGAUCUCCUGUCAAGUGGAGCCUUUAUCC